AAUAGUUUCCUAUGCCGCCCUUAAGACUGACCAGCCCUGACAACCACAAUAGUUGUUUGUAAACACGAGCUCCCACCCAGAGCCCCCACGCUUGCAGCAUUUCAGUUUGCUUCGUUCCUCUUUCCUUACAAGUAAGCGGCUGGCAUUUCAGGAUUCGAAGUAAAUGGAAAAAGGGUGAACUGCACUCGAGAAAAGAUGGAUUACCAUGCUGCGGCCUAAGGAUUUAAAAUGUUUCAUAAUUGGUGUGAUUGCCACCCUUAUGCUUCUUAUCUGUAAUGUCUGCUGUUCGUGUAACCAGGCUGAGUAUAAAACGGGGGGGGAAUGCUGUCCCAUGUGUCAACCAGGAAGUCGAGUUUACAGACACUGUACAGCGCAGUCCAGCACUUCCUGUGUUCCGUGUGUUGGGUCGACUUUCACAGAUGAGCCAAACGGUUUGAUUGAAUGUAAAUUAUGUGCUGUCUGUGACCAGGGCCUUGGAUUGAAAACAGUGACAGCAUGUACACCCUCAUCAGAUACAGUGUGUGGGGUCCUGGAAGGGCACUAUUGUAUUAAUCCUUAUAAGGGAGGAUGCAGGGCAGCCAAUAAACACACAGCCUGCAAACCUGGACAGUUCAUCCAACAGCCUGGAACAGAGUACAUCAAUACUGUCUGUGAGGACUGCAGUGAUAAUUCUUACUCUAAUGGCUCAUUUACGUCUUGCAAACCACACACAGACUGUCAAUCCAACGUAUUUCUAACAAUUAAAGCAGGAGGCCGAUCAUUUGAUUCUGAAUGCAGUGGGACCAAUCGUAUUACUACAGGCAUCAUUAAUAACUGGAAGAAUAUACUGAUAUUCCUUUUUCUGUUUCUAAACAAUUUCCUUUUAUGAAAUUAUGCUUUUUAUUGUUAUUAAUUGCUGGUCUUAUAUUCAUAUUAUAAGCAGAAUCAUUUACAUUUAGCUUGACAGUAUAAUGACAUGUUUUAUCAGAUUGGCUAAUUCAUGUAUUUUCAGCUCAAUAACAACAUGUUUUAGUGAUUAUAACCAUAUACUUAGCCCCAUAAGAAUUGUUUCACUGAUAUAUUUUAUUAGAUUAAUAAUGUGUUGAUGUGACUAAAUAGCUACGUUUUAUCGAUUUCAGCAUUAUAUUUGUGUCAGAGACUUUCUUUUUUAAUGUAUUCUUCUGUCUUUGAAUUGUCUUGUCUCUGAAAUGCAGUAUAUAAAUAGGGAUGGACAUAACUGGAACGCAAGUACGCAUUCACUUUUUAAAAGCAAUACGUGCGGCAAUCGCAAAUACUUUACGGACGUCUCUCCUUGGAUUGCCACCUUAUCAUGGUGGAGGGUUUGCGUGCCUCAGUGACCCUGGGGGCUAUGUUGUCAGCAGGGCUGGACUGGGACAAAAAAAGGGCCCUGGCAUUUUCGCUUAGACCGGCCCACCACAAUCGGUCGGACACAACCAACAAGUACACCAUCGUUGCGGUCCCUGUAGAUAUGCAUAUCUACUGCUCCAUUCCCAAAAAUUGACUAUACAUAAGGACAGAGAGAAAUGAUUGAAUAAUUAAAAUAAUCAAAUAGCAUCAUCUAAGUUUUUCUAGAGAAGGGCUGUCGACGGCCGUUAUGUGUUUUAAAGGGUUACCAUUAGAAUAGUCAGCAGAAGUUGCAAUUGAAUAAGUUAACUCUGCUAACCUAGCUACAAAAACAAUGCAAAAUAGCUUAUGCUGUGUAAUUUGACAUUAGCUGACUAAGUCGCUAGUGCAGUAACAGACUGAUAAUAUGACAGACUUUAUAAUAGUGACAACGAUUAGUUUGUUUUAUUAUAAUUAGGGGUGGGCAUGGAUUAUUUUUUUUUAUCUAGAUUAAUUUAGAAAUUAAUCAUUUGAAUUCUGCCAAAGACAUUCAGAAUAUCUGUGCUACCUAAAUAAUGAUUAAAAGUAACUAGUGUUUCAGGGGGUCGUUAGAGAAUGUUUUGUUUCACAGACGUACUUGGUGAUUUUAAUCCCCUCCGAAUCUGCUAUGUCUGUGUUUUUCUCUCACAACCUCUGUGAUAAUUUCCGAAUGCGAUGUCUUUGAUAUACUUUUUCAUUCUUUCAUCAUAGCUUGCAUAGUAUAAGACCCAGCUCCCAACUUUGUGAAUAGAUUAACGGCAAUAUUUGUUUUUAUCGCGCAAUAAGAGUCUCGCAUUAACACAGCACGUUAACGCCGAUAACGGCCCACCAUUAAUUAUAAUAUUCAUUAAUUUAGGUAAAUCAUCAUCUUCCUCGAGGCCCAGCCAGGCCCACACACGCUAUCCUGCUGCAUCCGCCCUGUUUAACGCUCCCUCCCUGUUAAAUCAUGUAGCUACCAUGCUUACCGUUUCAACUACACUCUCCUCCUGCUCACUCUGUCUCUGUCCCUCCUUGACUUCACUGUCAGACACCUGCUCCUCUGCCUGGGUGCCGCCAUGACUAGUCACCUCUCCUCCAUGUGCUAUGUUCACCUGUUUAGUGUCAUCAGGUAACGUUACUGUUGGCUUGGAAACCGAAGCUACAGCACUAAACAUGUCGGUUAUUUUUGCACAUGUUGAGGCAUCAACCUCUAGAUUUUUUUUUUUUUUUUGGCCCGCAACUUCUCUGCACCCCCCUUGCGCUUUUGCUUCUCCAUCCUAAAUCCACUGAUUUCUGGCUCUGAGCCACUGACUGCAUCUGACACAAGAAACAGAGGGGGAGGGGUGGAGCCUGUUAAGAGAUGAUUAGGCCAGCCCAGUGUCAGUAUAGAAAAUGAACUAAUGGGCCGAUGUCCCUGUUUUAUGGGCCGGUCGUUGGCCAAUUAAAAAAAAUAAAAAAUAAAAAAAAUUCAUAUUAAAUCGACCAGCCCCCAAGUGCGUCGGCCCACCGGGCAUUUGCCCGGUAUGCCAGAUUACCAGUCCAGCCCUGGUUGUCAGGGGCAAUAACCCAAAGCAAGAAGGUCCCAGGUGAGAGUCCAGAAGAAGAGCAAUCCGGAAAAAAGUGACUGAUGAAAAGUAAACAUUGCAAGGAAAUUCUGCCCACUACUGACCUUCGGUGGUUGCAAUUCUAAUUUUAUAGCCUUUUUCCUAAUAGAUUUAGGAUUUUAGAUUGAUUAUGCAAUCAGGAUUUAAUAUUGGAUUACAUGCAAUUAAAUUUACAAGUGGUAAACACCAUUAAUUGUCAAGAUAUAUGAUUAAAAAUAAAGAAUAAUUACAUCCCUA